AUGCAUUCUGUCAGGUCAACAGCUCUACAGUUUCUAACAACACUGUGCAUUGUGAACGGUGCACCAAUUCUACCUAAUGUGCAAACUGGUUAUGUGCCAAUAUUUGGAAACCGAAUAACACUGGAACCCAUCACCUUCACUUUCACAACUCCACCUCCAAAAGCUCACAAUCUUCUGAAAAACUUCCCAACGUUGAGGCCAUUCUCAUCUUCUGAAUUCAUGAGUGCUCUACCAGGACCACCGAUUCAGAAUAAUUUUCCACAUAAUAAUCACAUCCAGGGUAUGAUACAACUAAAUUAUGGUUUCAUUCGAAAUCAAUUAUACGAUUUAGAAUUCAAGUACGAAGUGCAAAUGCCAACUCAACCCCGGCCGUUUGUAGCACCAACACCAGCAUACAGUCAGACACAGAUUUAUAAUUCCAUGCAAGCUUCUCUCCAACAAGAUGUGUAUGCAACAUAUCGUACUAUGUGGAAACAAAUGACCGAUACUUGGUUGAGGCUACGCAGUCAUCUUCUCUCAGAAGGCGUUGAACAAGACUGGCACGACUUUUGGCGAAAAUUCACUGGAACUGUGGAGCCUUUCAUGACCACCAUCAGCAAUCAAGUUGGAAAGUUUCUGAAUGUCUUCUUGAAACAUCAGCACGAGAAAGAGGUCAAGGAAUCGACGUGGGGAUGA